UGGUUUCGUUUGUUUUCUAGCUGUCAACAAACAGUUGCACGGAGCGGAGCUGUGUGCUCUCUGUGGGACUGCGCACAUUUUCUUGUACCGAUUAAUAAUUGUGAAUGGAAAAGCUUGUAAGAGAGUGCCGUUGCUGACUGUGUAGCCUAGCGGGAUAUCGUUAGCAGCGAAAACCGGUGUAUGGUUGUUUUAUUCAGGGGAAGACUGAGGCGGCUAAUCAGCGCUUGUCGACGACCAUGGCAGCGGCGACCGUGGUGGAAGCUGACCCGGCGACGAGCGAAGGUGGUGCCGCUUUCUCUGGCGUCCAGAGCCGGGGUUGGGAUGAAUCCCAGCUCCGAAAGUAUUCUUUCCCCACCAAGCCCAUUCCCAGGCUGUCUCACACGGACCCGAGAGCAGAAAUGCUAAUAAACAAUGAGGAACCGGUGGUUUUGACAGACACAAACCUCGUGUACCCAGCUCUCAAAUGGGAUAUCGCAUACCUCAAGGACAACAUUGGAAACGGAGACUUCUCUGUUUACAUUUCAGGAAACCACAAAUUCCUUUACUACGAUGAGAAAAAAAUGUGCAACUUUGAGAACUUUGUCCCGAAGUCUCAGCGAAUGGAAAUGAAGUUUAACGAAUUUGUGGAUCAAAUGCACGAAACGGAGGAAAGGGGAGGAGAUGAAAGGGUAUAUCUGCAGCAGACGCUGAACGACACAGUAGGAAAGAAGAUUGUUGUUGACUUUCUUGGUUUCAACUGGAACUGGAUCAACAAGCAGCAAGCCAAGAGAAGCUGGGGACAGCUGACGUCCAACCUCCUGCUCAUUGGCAUGGAGGGCAAUGUGACGCCAGCGCAUUAUGACGAGCAGCAGAAUUUCUUUGCACAGAUUAAAGGCCAUAAGAGAUGCAUCCUCUUCCCGCCAGACCAGUUUGAAUGUCUCUAUCCAUACCCUGUUCAUCACCCCUGUGACAGACAGAGCCAAGUUGAUUUUGAUAAUCCAGACUAUGAGAAGUUUCCAAAUUUUAAAAAUGUUGUUGGCUAUGAGGCUGUCGUGGGCCCCGGAGACGUGCUCUACAUCCCAAUGUACUGGUGGCAUCACAUUGAAUCGCUGCUGAAUGGUGGAGUGACAAUCACUGUAAACUUCUGGUACAAAGGUGCCCCCACACCUAAGAGGAUAGAAUACCCUCUGCGGGCUCAUCAGAAAGUAGCCAUCAUGAGGAAUAUUGAAAAGAUGCUGGGAGAAGCACUCGGAGAUCCACAUGAGGUCGGACCUUUGCUGAAAACAAUGAUCAAGGGGCGAUACGAGCAGGAUCUUAGUUAGACCCCUACCCUUAAAAACUGCUGACUAGACUGCUUCGGAAACUGUGGGCAUGUGAUGCUGACACUGCUGUGUGUGUAAGCACUGUCUUUGGAGCUACGCAUCACUGCAUGGCAAUAAGCGGCCAUCAUGAAAACGUUGUGCUUCAGUCUUCGAGUGCCAUUGUCACUGGAAAAAUACAAAAGCAACAGAAGAAACAUCGAUCAAACAUUCAUGUUCUCGUUUUCUUUUGUCUAUUCGUACCGAUCUGUCAGUGCUGUCUCAGUUUUACAAUUCAAGCUGUUGAUUGUCUGAGAUUGGUAGAGAAGCAUUGUUAUUUUAACCACUAAUGAAAGAGUCAGAGGGGUAUUAUAUGUACAGUGCACAUCAGGAUAUUUGUCAUAUACAUGGAGUAACACAGUUUUGGCUUGACUAGUAAAUUUCAUUUCAUUAUGUUGUAAUAAUCAUAAUCUUGAUUGCAAUUCAAAGACAGCUUUACAGCUGAGGUUUUUGGGAAUAUUUAUCUGCGUUUCCUCUAUGCCUACUUAAGACUUGCUUCGGAUACGAUCAGCAAGACUUCUCGUUUAAAAAAAGAAAAGAAAAAAAGACAUAGGCACAGAUGUUAAUGCAGUACAGUAAUAUUCAAAAAGUGUUUUUUUUUUUUUGUUUCUUUUUUGUGGGGGGGGUCAUAUAUUCAGCUGAAGGAAUAUGUCACAUUCUUUUUAGCAGUGAUUUUUUUUCCUUUGUGUGUGUUAUAAACUGCUCUUUGAGUUUUUACUUCAAGGCCUUUCUUUGGGAUGGGCUACUCUGCACACCAGUAUCAGGAGAAGUGGGUACUUGAAAUGAGCUGAUCAGUGCAGAUUUAGUUGCAACUUUUAAGAAAGAAAAUAUGAAAUUUGUGGAACCCUCUUAGAACAAUUACACAUCAUGUUGUCUUGGGUUAAAGGGUGUAAAACCGGUUUAAAAUAACUCACAGAAACAUGUUAAAAUGCUAUUAGUUUAGUGAACUAGCAGGAAAAUGUGUGGAAUGUAGCUCAGUAUCAACCAUUGCAGUGCAACAAAGAAGCACCACCUAGUGGUUAGGUUUGCAUUUGCUUUUCAAGCUUGAUGUGGACUACAGUACACUUAAUCAGAAUGUUAUAUUACAUACAUCUAUUUUGAAAUUAAAUGAUUCUGUAAUGUAUGCAAACAUUUAAUUCCUGGUGAAAAUGCUGUAUUUGCAUCUGUAGAUGAGAAAAAUGUAUUUUUACUUUCACACAAACAGGUUUGUAAGAUCUUGACACGAGAGCGACUUGAAAGAUGGCUGUCAUAGAAGUUUAAGCUGCUCUCUCGAGUUGUUAUUAAUAUGUACAUUAAAUAAAAGGGACACCAUUUGGUACACGCUGUGUGGCCACGGUAUUAAAAGCGAGCACAGUGGGGUACGGUGGCUUGCGCACGUCAAAGUAGCAUCCACAAGAAUGCUACAGUAGGAGCAUGGUUUCGCAGAACAGUUUGAUUAACUUAAAUAUCAGUGGCUUUAAUGUUGUGGCUGACUGGUGUCCUGUGCAGUAUGUGCCAAACCAACCAGUAGAUGGUAUCUUCAUAAUGUAACUGAAUAAAUCAGUGAGAUGAACCCUUGAAAUGGAAAUAUACAUAUAUUGUCAAUAUUUUUUCAUUUCUUUCUGCUCAAGGUUCAGCCUUUAAACUCCUGAUAGUAAUCAUUUGUUCUUCUCACAAAUUGUGCAGUGAUCAAACGUUGAGUACUAAUUACUCUGUAAAAAUAAGACUGUUUUGCUAGGGUAAUUAAUUACUGUGCGUGCCUUGUCUUAAAUGGGCAGGGUAUUAAAUGUCACAAGAUUAUUAUUAUUUUUUUUUUAUUUUCCAAUUUUAUAGUAAAAAUGCUUGUUGUCACCCUGGCAUUAAGCUGCUUUAAAGAUGAGAAUGAUUUUAUUUGCAGAGAUAGUUGUUUUUUUUUUUCCUUUUUUAUUGAUGGAUGCCUGUGUGGUUUCUUUUUUUAAAUGUCAUCUCCUUGUUCUUCUGAUUAAAGUUUGUUUGUUCUUCUUCUUCUUCUUCAGAGUUGACUGAUUACUGAAAGCUGUGAAAUUAAAUAAUAAACUUAAAUAUUCAAAUUUAGCACCUUAUGUAUGUACAUGAAUAAAUAGACACAACUCAUAUGGUAGUCUACAAAAUUAGUAUUUACUAUAAAUUGUGCGUCAGCAGUUUCUCAGAGCGAGGAAAGCUGUUUCGGUUGUCACUAUAACAGCUUCAGGGGAUCCAUUCCAUGCUCUACAGUAACACCAUCAUACAGUAUUUAAAGAUAACAUUGCUGCCGAUAAGCACCAGAAACAAGACAUCUUUCCAACACCCAGCUGUUACACUACACCGAGGGGAAAACUAUAUACCAUCCAUUUAGAACAAAUGCUUACAGCUGGUCCAAAUGGACGCAGAAAGAAACGCAAAGCGUAUAUCUAAAAGAAAACCCCAUUUAUCCUAAUCUACAACUAACAAGAAAUCAGAAUCCAAUCAGAGAAAAAAAACAUCCACAAUCACAUGCGAAGCAAACCUCACAGAACACAAACGAGAUGAGGCGCUGUGACAAGAGAACCACUUCGGUAAUAUGUAAACGGACCCUGAAAGCACAUGAUCUUCUAUUAUCACAAAUACAUGAUUGGAGAAUUUGAAAAUCUAAACAUCUCUAUCAAAAAUAAAGGUAAUCCUGUUGGAAUGAACUUUAAAAUGAAGUCAUCCAGCAGCAUUUUUUACUCUGCAUUAGGGGUGUGAAAGAAAGCACACACACAACUUCGUAAUGUUAGAAAGUAGAGUGCUGCAAUUGUUUGAACAUGUCUUGAAAAAUGAAUUUAUAUAGCAUACGGACAUGUUUUCAGCUGGGUAAGGCCUGUGAAGUGUACGUCCUCCUUUAUUAGGGAUGAGCUGUGAAUCCGUAGGUUGUCAAAUCUCACUUCUGUCAGACUUCAGAUCAAGUUAUUGUAAUGCGUUUUCUUCCCCUCUGAUUUUAAAUUCAGUACUUAAAACAGCUAGGUUGCAGAGUUAAAGACGCCAAGAUUUUUACUGGGAGUAACCAAGAUGGACAGAAUUAGAAAUGAGUACAUCAGAGGGACAGCUCAGGUUUAGCUGUCUGGAAACAAAGAGGCAAAGCUGAGCUGGUUUGAACAUGUGCAGAGGAGGUGAUGAAGAUGGAGCUGCCAGACAGGAGAAAGAGAGUAAGACCUGAGGCGAUUCAACAAUGUAGGGAGAUGCAGGGGACGAUAGUGUUCUGUGGCAAAACAACCAAAAUACCGUAAAACUUUGCAUAUUAAAACAUCCUUUUGCCCUAAUACGUGUGUGAGAAAGUGGUUAAAGUAAACAAUCAGGACUUCCUCUUAUGGACUGAACAAACUGAUUUAAAAUUCAAGGCCUGAACAAACAUAUCUGCAGCACUCCUACUGGCUACAAUACACAGUUAGGUGCAUAAUUUGUUGGACAAAGACAACUGAAAGACCAUAGAAAAACAAAACAAAACUGAAGGUCACAAUGGCAAUUAUUUACAUGGGUAAGAAAAGCAAUUUCAUCAGCAUAUCCUCCAUUUUCACAAACUGCAAUUAAUUCAUCAAUUUAAAUACAGCAAGUUUAAAACAAGUUGUAAACCACUGAUUACACAAGAACAAGGAGGAAGGACUUGACUUUACCAAUAAACAUCUAAGACUAAUGUUUUAAAUCAUCACGAUUAUCUUAUUUAAAAUCCACCGUGGUGGAGUGCAGAGGCAAAACUCCAACAACAGUGUCCUUGUCCAACAAACUCUGGACCUAACUUUAAACUAAAUUAAAUUGGCCUCUUUGAAUCAAUAUGUACAUAAAACAGCUGAUAAUUCUAAUGUCCAGAAGAAACUUUACAGCACCACUAAAACUUAGUUACAGAAAUCAAUAUAGGUUCAUUCACAAUGUCAGUACGGCUUAAAAAGAAAAAUGCAUAAAAAAAAUAAAAUAAUUUUUUUUUUAAACAAACACAACCUCAAUACUGUCAGAGCAACAUCAGACCUGCUGAGAUGGCCAAACGUAGAUAGGUUAGGCUGUUACAAACACACACAAGAACGCAAGUCACAGCAUCCUGACUGAAAUAUCUGAUAAAAAAAAAAGAAAAGAAA